UCAUACCGGCUGCUUUGUCAACGCAGCGCUGCACUGCACGUAAAACCAGAAGGUGAAGAGGAGGUUAUUUCUUGGGCUGCAGCGGGAUUCAUUCAGCCUUUAAAAGAAAGAAAGAAAGAAAAAAACACCAGACAGCGAAAUAGUUUGCUCUGGAGCAAAACAGGAAACGAGUGACGUUGUGCAGACUGAUCGGGUCCUUUGUUUUCUUCGUUUGUGCUGCAUCAAGGGCAGAGAAGCAGGUCCAGGGCCAUACGAAGGUCCACGAGAAGCGGUUUGGAGAGGAUACAGCUUCUCUAUCACUGUAGGCCACGACAUCCAGCUACCGACAUAUGUGCUCAGGUUGUGUGGGUUUGCAGUCAUGGACACUGGGAGGCUGGAGCAGCAGGUGGCCAGUGUGGAGAGGGGCAUCACCUUCCUAAAGCAAGAGCACCUGGCCAUGCUGACUGGUCUGCAGCUGGAAAUCACACACCUGAAAAGACGCUGUCAGGAGCUAAGCUGUGAGCUGGACUCUAGGUUUCCUGACAGAAACACUGCUGAGGAGGAAGCUGAGCUGGCAGCACGGUGUGAGGCUGCAGAACGUCUCCUGGAGCGCCAGCAACAUAUGAUGGUUGCCGCUCGCGGGGAACUGCGGGCCGGCCGAGCACGAGCAUCGGCGCUCGGAAGGAGUCUCAGGGAGGAAGAGCGACGGUUCCUGGAGGAGCUGAAGCGACGCAGUCACAAGAUCACGCUGCUAAAUCGAGAACUUCAACACCAAAACAUCACCACAACGACCCUCUGCCACGAGCUUCAUGCUGCACGAUUAAAACUUUUCCAGCAGCGCCAGAGUGCAGGGUCUGCUGCUGAAAGAGAGCAAGAAGCCAAAGGACAGAAGGAAGAAGAGGAGGAGAAUGAUGAUGAUGAUGAUGAUGAUGAUGAUGAUGAUGAUGAUGAUGAUGGCCAGGGGGAGAGCUCAGACUGGCUCUUGUCUCCAACUCCUCCUGCCUCCCCCGCCCAACCAGAUGCCAGACACAAGAGGCGCACCACCGUGAGGGAAGAGAGGGUCAGAGCUUGUGUCCCACAGGAGAGAGUGACGGCACCUCAGAGGCCACACCCCAUGCCUGACCCCGCCCUUUUCUUGGUACCACUCAGAUACCGCCUCCUUCGCUUGAGGCAACCAAUGAGAUCACAGGAUGGAGAGGGUCCAGAAGAUGAGUGGGAGGAUAUAGAGGACAGCAGGGUGCACAGGAGGGUGGACAUGGGAGCAGGAGAAGGAGAAACAGCUCUGUGACAAAGAUGGGGGGGUGAAGUUGUCUUCCAGCAGGUCUUAGCCGACAUCUGAUCCAUUUAUUCCAGAUGAAGGGUCAGAUCAGACAGAUGUAAGCUUGGGGAUGUCUGUAGAUUCCAGUAAGUGUCAUAUUUAGUUAGUGUCACAAGCGUGUGUGUGGUCUGACCAAUACAUAAAUGUAAGAGAUGAAUUGAUUGUGCCACAUGCACUUUGAAAGUGUGAAGGAAUGGGGUCCAGAAAAGACUGGUUGGUGGUUCAUAUGGAUGCCUUUUUAUUUAAACACUGGUGGUCACAGCUUAUGCCUAUAACUAGUAGCCUUGCCUCUGGAUCAAUGAACACUUUCACCAUAUUGAUUAAAGUGGCUGCUUUUUCACUGCACUAUUCCAGGUUGAGAGGGUCAGAAGGCUUAGGUGCAUUUUGUAUGAUUUGCACUUUAUUAAAUUCAUGCAAUGUGCCUGUUGGCAAAACAGCAUUUAUGUUGUCAUGUCUGUUUUCAGUGGUCAAAAAGUUUAUAAAAUGAAUAUUUUCACCCAUCAAAAAAAGGAGAAAGGUUUUUCUCAGGAUCCCAGUAAGUCAUAACAAGA